AUCUGAGAUGUAUCUGCACGAAAUAGCACCUCUUUAGAAACUCGUGUACGUGUCAUAAAAGUCUCAAAGACGUUGUUUUUUAUAAAAUAUGAAAGUGCAAUAAAUCUUUAAUCAAGAGAAGUAAUUUGAUAAAAUUUUAUUUCAAGUACACUCGUGCAAUGAGCUUUGAAAUUUUGUCUUACUAAGGUCGCCAUUUUGAUGAACGGAUGUCUAGUUCGGAUGGUGUGCUUAGAUUUUAAUGAAAAACUAAAGGUUUACUCAUAAGUUUUCAAGACUAUUUUGAUUUCAUUGUGUAGUGGAAGUGUCAAAGAUGACCCAACAAACAAAUACAACGAACUGGGUGAUACAAGGAUCCAAUGGCCAGCCACAAAUGAUCAAGCUGGUUCAGUCUUCAGGAAAACCUAUAAGUGGAAUUAUGACUUCGACAAUGUCGGGGCAACCAGUUAAAAUUUUUAAAUCUCCUACAACACAUGCAGAAUCCUCGCAGGUUUUUAGUACAAGUGGUGCCACAACACAGGUUUUAAGAACAAUAGGAACAACACCAAAAAUAGUUACAAAAACUGUUCCCAUUCAUGUUAGUAAUAUUCCCAGAGGUACAAAAACAAUUAGAUUAACGCCUUCACAAAUGCAAAAUAUAAAAUUUGUCAAUCCGAAUCAGAAAUUACAAAUUCAAACGUCUACUACGAUACCUGUCAUGCACCAAAGUCCCACACAAACGGUAAAGAACAUUUCGAAUAUUUCCCCGCCAAUACUCUCAAGGAAGAGGCAGGAUCCUUUGGAAAUGGACUAUGCACCAGAAUCUAAACGUGGAAGGAAAUCUGAAAAAGUGGGGAAGGGUCUGAGGCACUUUUCCAUGAAGGUGUGCGAGAAGGUUAAACAGAAGGGUACAACCACUUACAAUGAGGUGGCCGAUGAACUAGUAGGUGAAUUCACAAAUUCAGCCAGCAAUAACAGCUUGGCCGAACAAUACGACCAGAAAAACAUAAGGAGAAGGGUCUAUGAUGCUCUAAAUGUACUAAUGGCCAUGAAUAUUAUCUCUAAAGAGAAGAAGGAAAUCCGAUGGAUAGGUCUUCCGACAAACUCACUGCAAGAAUGCCAUCAGUUAGAGAAAGAAAUGCAAAAGAAGAUCAAUAGUAUUAGAGAGAAAGAGAAACAAUUGGACGAUCUGAUUUUAAACCAAAUAGCAUUUAAGAAUCUAGCUCAAAGAAAUAAAGAGGCUGAAAAAUUACAUGGGGUACCGCCCACUAAUUCUUACAUUCAGCUGCCUUUUAUUGUUGUUAAUACAAAUAAGAAGACUGUUAUUAAUUGUAGUAUCUCAAAUGAUAAAAUGGAAUAUCUUUUUCAAUUUAGUGACAAGUUUGAAAUCAACGAUGAUGUAGAAAUUUUGAAGUCAAUUGGAAUGUUGUCAGGUUUGGAUACAGGAGACUGUACUUCAGAAAAUUUAGAAAAAAUCAAGAGCUUAAUACCCAAAUCUUUGUGGUCAUAUGUGGACAAAAUCGCCACUGGACGAUCUAAUUCAUUGGACACCAUCCUGGAAUCAAACGGGGCCGGUACAAGUUCGAUGUCCAUGUUAAACGCCGAAGAAUACGUCGAGACGACGCUAGAUGAAGAGAACUCCCGCCAAUCGUCAAGCUGCGACCCACUCUCGCCCAACGGUGCGGAAUUUUCAGAUGACGAGGUCGAUUCGGAUUUAUCGAGUGACACGGAACUGAACUAGUACUAAAAAGUGAGAUUAUACGGAGCUUUUGUUAAGUUUUUGGAGAAUAUUUACACAGAUAAAGUGAUAAGAACAAGUGCUUACAAGUUGUAGAUAUGGUCAGAUUUUUUUGUAGUGGACCAAUAUUUUGUUCAGUGAGGUAUAAUGGAAAUUCCUUUCGUUCGAAUUGCCUUUGUAGGAACCUGUACAUAUUAAAAUAACAAAUUUUAUUGUUUAGUUCGUAAAAAGGUUAUGUAAUUAUUUUUGUAUAUAUUUGAUGGAAUUUUCCUCCUUUUUUUUGUUAAGAAGAGUUAAGAUUAAUAUAAAACGUUUAAUUUUGGAUUUUUAAAUUUUGUUAAAUGUACGUUUAAGUGACAAUUUCUAAUUUUCAGCACAACUAGAAGGUUUUAUUUGAUGUGAACAAAUUGUCCAGAUUUACAUAAUUGUACAAAACGUUUUAUUACCUGUAUUAUGUUCAAAUUGUAACAUAUAGGGUUUUAAAAUCUACAAUUAUAGAUGCCAUUUUCUAGAAUAGUUUUUUAUUAUUUACAAUACAUAAAUACAUUAAAAUGUAGUACAACUUACACGACAAAAUUUACAAAAUUACACUUUCGAACUGUGAUUACGACAAAAAUUAAUUUUUGGUACCUAUAAACAGUAUUUGGUAAAUUACAAUAAUAUUGUAAACAGAUGUUCUGUUAAUAAAACAAAUAACACAUC